GCCCCCCUUAAGCUCUCACAUUGUCCAAUCUUCGCCUCCCCCUCCAUCUCACUAUUCCAAUCACUCAAUUUCUCAUCUCCCACACUCUCAGUCCUCAAUUCUGAAUUUCCGAACCAUCAUUCUGCCCAGAUAAAAAUGCAAGCGUCGACUUGUGGUUCGGUUAGGGAGAACCUAGUGUUUGGGGUCAAAGUCCAACAGCAGAGAAAGGUAUUGGGUUUUGGCCAAGUGAGAAGAAAUCUGUGUAUGACUGAGAGGACCACCAGCAGCUUGGGUGGAUUGAAGCUCACUAUGGGAGCCAACCUUGGACGACAUGGAAUCGGGCUUGAUGGGAUUUCCAUGACCUCCUUGAAACCCAGAUCAGUCAGGGCUCAGGCUUCUGAUGGGGACAUUGAGAAUCUUGUUCCUCCCAAGCCUCAAGUCAAAUCAUCUGGAACAGUAUUACCAUAUGUUGGUGUUGCCUGUCUUGGAGCCAUUCUAUUUGGUUAUCAUCUUGGGGUGGUAAAUGGUGCUCUUGAGUACUUGUCCAAGGAUCUUGGUAUUGCUGAAAACGUUGCAAUAAAAGGGUGGGUGGUAAGCACACUUCUGGCCGGUGCCACAGUUGGAUCUUUCACCGGUGGGUCAUUGGCUGACAAGUUUGGGAGAACUAGGACUUUUCAACUUGAUGCAAUUCCACUCACGAUUGGAGCAUUUUUAUGUGCCACUGCACAGAGUGUUGAGCAAAUGAUAAUUGGGCGCUUACUUGCUGGCAUCGGAAUUGGCAUCUCAUCAGCAAUUGUCCCACUUUACAUUUCUGAGAUCUCCCCAACUGAAAUUCGAGGUGCACUUGGAUCUGUAAACCAGCUUUUUAUAUGUCUUGGAAUCCUUGGAGCACUGGUGGCUGGAUUACCUUUAUCAGCAAAUCCGUUAUGGUGGAGGACAAUGUUUGGCAUUGCUAUAGUUCCCUCUGUUCUAUUGGCUUUAGGAAUGGCUGUUUCACCCGAAAGUCCUAGAUGGCUCGUACAGCAAGGGAAAACUUCUCAAGCUGAAAAGGCUAUAAAAACAUUAUACGGAAAAGAGAGAGUAACUGAGGUGAUGCAUGACUUAACAUCAACAAGUCCUGGAUCUGCUGAACCAGAAGCAGGAUGGUUUGAUCUGUUUAGUAGCCGCUAUUGGAAAGUUGUGAGUGUUGGUGCGGCACUUUUCUUGUUCCAACAGUUAGCUGGGAUAAAUGCCGUGGUUUAUUAUUCCACUUCUGUAUUCCGCAGUGCUGGCAUAACGUCAGAUGUUGCAGCAAGUGCUCUUGUUGGAGCGGCAAAUGUCUUUGGUACGGCUGUUGCAUCGUCAUUGAUGGACAGACAGGGAAGGAAGAGCCUUCUCCUCAUAAGUUUUGGAGGAAUGGCUGCCUCAAUGUUGCUGCUUGCUUUGUCUUUUACCUGGAGUGUUUUAGCUCCAUAUUCCGGCACCUUUGCUGUUGCUGGGACUGUUCUCUAUGUAUUGUCCUUUUCGCUUGGUGCUGGCCCUGUACCUGCUCUUCUUCUGCCAGAGAUAUUUGCUUCAAGAAUCAGAGCAAAAGCAGUUUCUUUGUCAUUGGGCAUGCACUGGAUAUCAAACUUCGUCAUAGGCCUGUAUUUCUUGAGCUUUGUAACCAAGUUCGGGAUCAGCUCAGUGUAUCUGGGAUUCUCUGCUGUUUGUCUGCUUGCUGUCUUGUACAUAGCUGGUAAUGUUGUUGAAACUAAAGGGCGAUCGUUGGAGGACAUCGAGCGCGCCCUUAGCGUUCCAACUUGAUUUUAGUACAGUUUUUAUUUUGACCCGUGACUACAAGUAAAAUGUCAUGUUAAUAGUUCAACUGUCAAUAAAGAAUACUUUUUAUUUAUGAUGAUUUUGUUAUCUCAAGUAAGGCUGAACUACUUGUUUCUUUUUAAUGCAAUAACAUUCCAUGUCUUCUCCUUUC